UAAGUCAAAACCCCAUUUUGGUGUCAAAAUCAUCAAUUUAUCCAUUUUUCAAAAUAGUAGUAUGAAAUGAUUCAGAUUUAAAAAAAUAUGGAAUUUUCUCAUAGUUUUCAUCAUAAUGGUCACUGAAACUGACAACGCUAAAAAAAUUAAGGCGCCUUCAAGUAAAAAAAAUGCGAAAAAUGAAUGUUUGGGCUGCGAUAAGUUGCAGAGAAAAAUCAAAGAAAACGAACACACCGUCUCAGCAAGAGAUGUUCUUAUUGAAAUGUCACAGAAAGAAAUACAAAAACUGCAAACUCUUUAUAAAAAUUCCAUUGAUGAAUACGAGAAUUUGAGAUUCACGUAUUGUUCUAUAGUUCAAGACUAUACCAACUUGAAAGAAAUUCAUAAAAAGCUGGAAGAAGAACAAAAAAAGUCCCUGAAACAAACAGAUUUGGAAACCUUGGAGUCUGAACUAGAUUACUGGAGAAAUCAAUAUGAAAAACUCCAAAAACAUAAGCACACAUGCAAUUGUGCCAAUAAAGAUAAAUGUUCAGACAGGAAAACUCAGGUGGAUUUAUUGAACAUUCAAAAUAUCUUGCAGUAUCAAAAUCAGUCUGUAAAGUUAUUAUUGUCAAAAUUCUUGGAGGAACUGAAAGAAACAAAAGUCGAACAGAAGACAGAUAAGAGCUGUCAGACAACAUGUGCAGCAACUGAAAAUUCCGAGGAAAAUUUAAAAAAACAAAUUGAUAACUUGAACAGUUUAGUGGAUAAGCUCACAAUAGAAAAUACAAAAAUUAAAGAAAAUCUCAAUGAAAAACAAACAAAUCUGUUCAAGUGUUUGAAUGUUUUGGAGAAGAACCACUCGGAUAUUGGGAACCUAUCGGGGCAUAUUGAAAAUAUUUGCAGCGAAAGGGAUAAAUGUACUCAUGCAAUUGAAGAAAAAGAUAAAGAAAUAUGUAGGCUGAAACGUGAGUUGAAUCAGUUCAAAAAAUCAAUAGAUGACAUCGAAGAUUUGCGACUGGAAAAAGAAAGAUACCUCCAAGAAAACAAGAAACUGAGGAACGUAAUCGAUACUUUCAGAGCCGAAACUGAAGAGAAAGAGAAAAUUAUCGAUGAAGUUGAUAAAGAGAAAAAUAAUCUGAAUGAAGAGCUAGGACAACUCAGAAGAAUGACAGAGGAUUUACAAAAAGAAAUUGGGGAAAAAGCACAUCCAAACCUGGUUGAAGAAAUGAAACGUGAAAUCGAAAUGUUGAGAAAUGAAAAUGAAGGUUAUGCUGAGGAAAUGGAGAAAAUUAACAGUGAUAGAAAAGAUAAAGAACAAUUGAUAGAAGACCUAAAUGAAAUAAUUCAAUUUCACAAAGAGGAGAUCAAGAAAUUGAGAUAUGAGAUCGACAUAUUUGCAAACAAAGCCAAAGGGAGAGGAAAAGCUUCCCAAAAUACUAAUGAUGAUGAUGAUGAUGAUGAUGAUGAUGAUGAUAAUGAUGAUGAUGAUGAUAAUGAUGAUGAGGUUGGUGAUGAGAAAUCUGAUGAAAUGCAGGAAUUGAAAAAGAAGUAUAAGCAAUUACAACAGGAAAUGCUUUUAGAGGUUGAGAAACAUAACGAGGUUGUGAAUGAUUUGCAGAAUACAAUAGAUGAGCUCAAGGAAAAUGUUAACGAUUUAGGUGAGACCCUCACAAUCAUCACUGAGGAAAAUAAAUCAAAUCUAAAUACCAUUGAGGAUUUGCGAAAACAUCUGAAAGAAACACAGGAGAUUCAGGAAAAAGUAGAAUGUGAAUGCAAAUACGAAAUUAAAGAAUUGAAAAAUGAGAUUGAUGAUCUCAAUAAUCAGUUGAAUGAUUUAAAAUCCCAGCAAAAUACUGAAAUUGAAAAAAUCACUGAUUACUGUCCCUCCUCUGAUAAAGAAACUGUGGACCUUCAAGGAAAAAUAACAUCUUUAGAAAAAGACUUGGAAAAUGCUAAUUUAGAAAUAGUAGAGUAUGAGGAAGAAAAUAAAGCAUGUAAGCAGAAACUGGAAACAAUGAUGAAAGAAAUCACUUACUUGCAAGAGGAGAAAAUGAGAGUUGUAGAUGACAGUUGUGAAGGAUUGAACAAAUUGAAGGAAGAAUAUUCAAAGACAUUGUCUGAAAAAGAUGAGGAAAUUGUCGAACUCCAGAAGGAAAUCAGUAAGCUUGUUAAUGAAUCAGGAGAUCAUUUAGAAAUAAAUUCCAAAGUCUCAAAACUACAAGGCGAUCUGAAAAUAAUGGAACAGGAAAAAUCACGACUUGAAUCAGAAAAAACCGAUCUCAUUGGAAAAAUCAUAAAAUUGGAAAGUGAGCUUGAGAGAACUCUUGAGGAGACUGACAGCAGAUUUUCAUCUCUAGAACAUAAACUGAACUGUCUGGAAAAACACGAUGAUGAAAUCAAGAAGAAACUAAUGUGCUGCUGUGACGAAAUGUCCAAAAUGGAAGCAACUUUAAGAACAAACAAAAAAUCUCAAGAUUGUAAUAUUAAAGAUAUUGGAAUACAAUGUAUGAUGGAAGAUUCAGAUAUAGGUAAAUUAAAGAAUACAAAUGACGACCAAUCACAAGAAAUUGAGAAUCUCAAAAGUAUGCUUGACAGCUAUCAAAAACGUCUGGAAACUUGCGAUUGUGAUACUUACCAAAGUGUAGACUUGAACAAAGAAAAUGAAGAAUUAAGAACAAAGUUAAGAGAAUUUGAGGAUUUCAUAAAAUUAAAUGAAGAACUUACAAAAAAAGUUGUGAAUUUAGAGGACGAACUGUGCAGAAAGGAAUGUAUGAUUAUGAGUUUAGAGAAAUGUAUUGAUAAGAGUAACAGUAUCUUGGGAGACUGUGAGGAUGAAAUUAAGAGGAUAAACGCUGAAAACCUGACCCUGAAAAACGAUCUAGGAGUCAUGAAAGCCAAUAUGGAAAAAUUGAAUUGUGAAAUUGAUGUUCACAAAGCAGAUAAAGAUAUUUUACAGGAAAAAGUCCAUCAAAGUCGUAAGCAAAGCGAACAGCUGGAAGCAGAAAACUCCAAAUUAUUAAAAAAGACUGGCGAGGACCAGAAAAUGAUCGGGGAUAAAAUCUCUGUUCUCCAGCAGAAAUAUAAUAAAUUACUGGAGGAAAGUGAGGUCAAAGAUAUAGAGUUGGAUAAACUCAAAAAGCAGUUUGAAGUCUUGCAGAGCUGUUGCAAGUCACCAAGUAUCACCAAAGAAGAAUUCCAGAAAAUGAAAAAAGUUUCUAAAGAAAUCAAAGAGCUUCUGAUGGAACAAGCAAAGAAAAUUAACGAAAAUACAUUGAAGACAGCUGAGAAAGCCGAUGAGGAAGAAAGAGCAUGUUUCGUCAAGAAAUACGUUUCUGAGUUAGAGGAGAAAAUCAAUAAAAAAGAAGCUGAUUUGAAGUGUUUGGAAAGUAAUAACAACAGUAUGAAAGCGGAGAUUUUGGAUUUGAAGCAAAAUAUUCACAAGAUGAUGUUGGAAAAUAUCAACUUGAAAAAGGAAACCACGAAUUUACUGAAUACUGUGAUACACAAAGUUAGACUCAUCACUACAAGUGAGGAAAAUAUAGAUACUGAAACAUUGAAGGAUUCAGCAGCAACGGGUGUACUCAAUUCCCUUCUGGAAUUGGAAAAGGGUAUGUUGGAAGAUACGAAACCUAAUGCCUGUCCCAUAUCUAGUUGUAACUGCAUGUCGGUGAUAAGCGCAAAAUAUAGUUUCCAAGGAAGGGACGAGCUCUUGAUGAAGUCGACUAAGUGUCUUGGUCCUUGUGCAAAAAAUGCAAAUAGCUGUAUAGUUCUGAAAUCAGCUUCUGAAAAUAAGCAAAAUAAAAUCGAUUCAAGAACGAAAAUCACCAUAUCUGCAGAUUUUUCUGUAAAAAAGUCCAAUGUUGAUCUGGAGCCUUCAAGUGAAUAUACUUUCGAACCUUCUAAAUCAAUAUAUGGGUGUAUGCAAGCAAUAACCAAUGCCUACGGUCUCUCCUACGAGGAAAAGGAAAGUAAACCAAAAAAAGAGUCGAAUACGAAGAAAGGGGAUUUAGUAUCCAGUUCAUCCCCUAACAGUUCCUUCAGUUGUGAUGCAAAAUGUUCAGGAAUUAACAAAAUUGAUCCAAGCGAUGAAAAUGAUACAAAGAAAUAGGAAAGACGAAUGUUCCAGAGAUGUAUUUCCAUUCCAGUGUUUCAUUUUUUUUAGUCUUGUUUGUCACCUAAUAAAAAUUUUGAAACUCAA